GACACCCUUGCGCGACCCAUAAACCCUCUCUCCACUUCUUCCAAUGGCGGCGGCGCUUCGUCGGAACCCUAGAUUCCUCCUCCCUCGCCUCCGCACGUCCUCCCUCUCCACCGCUUCCUCCGAGGUCCAACCCUCGCUCUCCAUCUCCCGCACCAAGUCCGCCAUCCGCGCCGAGCACGACCCGGACCGCCUCGCCGACCUCUUCCUCUCCGCCGCCAACUCCCCGGCCUUCUACGGUGACCGCCCCCUCUACCGCCUUUCCAUCCGCCGACUUGCUGCUGCCCGACGCACCGACCUCGUUGAGCGCCUCCUCGAGCACCAGAAGUCCGACCCUUCCGUGCCAAAGUCCGAGGGCUUCCUCAUCCGCCUCCUCUCUCUCUACUCCGACGCAGGAAUGCUCGACCACGCCGUCCGCACCUUCGACCACAUCGCUGCCGCCGGCUGUCCGCGCUCCGAACGCUCCCUCUGCGCCCUUCUCUCCGCCUUCCUCCGACACGGCCGCUUCGACCGCCUCCACGAGUCCUUCGAUCGUGUCCCCAGAGAGCUCGGCAUCGCCCCGGGCAUCUCCUGCUACAACGUGCUCCUAGAUGCUUUGUGCGCUGGUGGUGAGGUCGAGAAAGCUCACAACUUGCUCGAGGAAAUGCCCGAGAAAGGGGUGAAUCCCGACAUAAUUUCCUACAAUACGGUCUUGAGCGGGUUUCUAAAGAAAGGGGAUGAAGCCCGGUUUGACGAGGUGUUGAAAAAGAUUACGGAGAAAGGAUUGAGUCCAAACGUGGUCACCUAUAAUUGCCGGAUCUCGGCGCUCUGUGGGAAAGGUAAGAGCUUUGAGGCUGAGGAGUUGUUGGAUGUGAUGGUCUCGAAGGAGGUAUAUCCUAACAGGCUUAGCUUCAAGACCUUAAUUGAUGCCUUCUCCAAACAAGGGGAUGUGGAUUCAGCUAUGAGGGUCUUCAAGAGGAUGCAGGAUAUGAAGAGGAACGAUGGCAGUGGCGUGUCAGCUAGUUUCGAGAUGUAUAUGGUGUUGCUUCAUGGUUUGGUCGGGAAAGGAAAGCUUGGUCCUGGGGUGGAGGUCUUCAAGGAGUGUUUGGAGAGAAAGUGGGCGCCUCCGUUUGAGACUGUGAGAGGAUUGGUUGAUGGCUUGAUAAAGAAUAGUCAGGUGGAUGAGGCGAAGGACGUCAUCGCGAAGAUGAGGAAAGUGGUCAGGGGAGAUGCUGCUGAUGCAUGGAAGAACGUUGAAGGUGAAUUCGCUUUGUAGGGCAGCUUGAGUUUUUUGGCACUAAUGGAUUGGAGGGAAUGGUAAAAGUGUUGAGAGAGAAGGUAGCCGAGAUAACUAAUCUGUUGUUUGCUAUAGGAUUUUUGUUGGAUUUGUAGCUUGCAUUUAUGCAGUCAAAUUUACUUUUUGUUGAAGCUAUUUCUUUUGUGUUGAUUGUGUGACUUGGGCAUUCAUCACCCCUGGGGAAUAAUCUGUUUGAUUUCAUUUAUAGCA